UCCUCAGACAGUCCAAUCCCCUGAGACACAAGAUCUAUACACCUCAAAGUGUCGAGUUCCUCCCUUGAUCCUAUGUUGUAUCAUGAAGAAAAGCCCCUGGAGUCCCUUCAACCUGACUUCUAUAGAUUUGUGUGUCAAGAUCAAUGUGUUAAUUUACCUUCACUGGCCUACUGCUUGACCACUUUGGCCUGAUCCUCUUUAACUAUUCAAUUCCCUCAACUGCCAGUGAAAUACUCAGCAGCCAUGGCCUUAGAUCAGUGGCCCUACCUCCCAGCUUCCCCAAACAUCUCCAUCCCCGAGCCCCUCUUGUACGACAGCUACAUCCAGGGCAACGAGUCCGAUCUCGACCCCAACAUCACCAAAGCAAGCGAGCCUCACCAGGACAAGACGAGCUCCGUGGUCAUCACGUUCAUCUACUUCGUGGUGUGCGCGGUGGGACUGUGCGGGAACACCCUGGUCAUCUACGUCAUCCUGCGCUACGCCAAAAUGAAGACGGUGACCAACAUCUACAUCCUGAACCUGGCGGUGGCGGACGUGCUGUGCAUGAUGAGCCUGCCGUUCAUCGCCCUGCAGCUGGCGCUGGUGCACUGGCCUUUUGGAGAGGCUCUCUGCAGGGUGAUCAUGACUGUAGACUCUCUGAAUCAGUUCACCAGUAUCUUCUGUCUGAUGGUGAUGAGCAUCGAUCGAUACCUGGCUGUGGUCCACCCUAUUAAAUCCACAAAAUGGCGAAAGCCCCGUGUAGCCAAACUCAUUAACCUCACGGUAUGGGGCGUGUCGCUGUUAGUCAUCCUGCCAACUCUGAUCUUCAGCGGCUUGAACAAGGUGCCAGUGUGUGGGAUCGUGUGGCCGGAGCCCCAGGACGUCUACUACACUGCCUUCAUAUUCUACACCUUCUUCAUUGGAUUCUUCCUGCCUCUGGCAGUCAUAUGCCUGUGCUACCUGCUCAUUAUAGUCAAGGUGAAGUCAUCUGGGAUGCGAGUGGGUUCGACCAAGCGUAAGCGUUCGGAGCGGAAGGUGACGCGGAUGGUGUCCAUCGUGGUGGCGGUGUUUGUCCUCUGCUGGCUGCCCUUCUACGUCUUCAACGUGACCUCGGUCACCAGCUCCAUCAACCCCACCUCGGCCGUGAAGAGCACGUUCGACUUCGUCGUCGUGCUCGGCUACGCCAACAGCUGCGCCAACCCCAUCCUGUACGCCUUCCUGUCUGACAAUUUCAAGAAGAGCUUUCAGAACGUGCUGUGCUUGAAGAAGGUGGCGGGCCUGGACGAGAUCGAGCGCAGCGACAGCAGGGCGGACAGGAGCAGGAUGGUCAACGAGGCCAUGAUCAUCUCCGCCAACCUGGAGGCGCACAACGCCGCCCUGCUCAACGGGGAGCUGCAGACCAGCAUCUGAAGCGUAAAGAGGCGGCGGUAACUCAGCCGGGACGGAGGGAGAGAUUG